UCCGCCCCCGGCUCCCCUGUUCUUGGCUGCGUCCUUGCCGAGUCCCGCCCCGCUGAGCAGCAGCUGGGAGUGGGUGCCGCGCGGCAGGGACUGCACUCCGCCUAACGGGCGCCCUUCGUCCAGAGCGCACGGCUGCAGAUGUGCGGGGAACCGAAGGGCUGAACAGGACGUUGGAGCGCGCUGUUCAGUACCUUCGGGGGCACCCCCUGGAACGUUCCUUCUGCCUCAAGGAACCCAGAGCAGGUCCCGUCGCUCCCGCAGCUCCGCAGGUGCAGCCCAUCGACCUCCGCCAGCUGCAGCCGCCCGAUGAUGGAAUCCCCGGUUCAGAUCUUCCGCGGAGAGCCGGGCCCCACCUGCGCUCCGAGCGCCUGCCUACUCCCCAAUGGCAGCACUUGGUUCCCGGACUGGGCCGAGCCGGACAGCAAAGGUAACGGCACAGCCAGCGCCGAGGACGCGCAGCUGGAGACCGCGCACAUCUCCCCUGCUAUCCCGGUCAUCAUCACCGCUGUCUACUCCGUGGUGUUUGUCGUGGGCUUGGUGGGCAACUCGCUGGUCAUGUUCGUGAUCAUCCGAUACACAAAAAUGAAGACUGCCACCAACAUUUACAUAUUUAACCUGGCUUUGGCAGAUGCUCUAGUUACUACAACCAUGCCCUUCCAGAGCACAGUCUAUCUGAUGAAUUCCUGGCCAUUUGGAGAUGUGCUGUGCAAGAUAGUCAUUUCCAUCGACUACUACAACAUGUUCACCAGCAUCUUCACCCUGACCAUGAUGAGUGUAGACCGCUACAUCGCUGUGUGCCACCCUGUGAAGGCUUUGGACUUCCGCACGCCCUUGAAGGCCAAGAUGAUCAAUAUCUGCAUUUGGCUGCUGUCAUCCUCUGUUGGCAUAUCCGCGAUAGUCCUCGGAGGCACCAAAGUUAGGGAAGAUGUGGAUGUUAUCGAAUGCUCCUUGCAGUUCCCGGAUGAUGACUACUCUUGGUGGGACCUGUUCAUGAAGAUCUGCGUCUUUGUCUUUGCAUUUGUGAUCCCCGUGCUCAUCAUCAUCAUCUGCUACACCCUCAUGAUCCUGCGCCUGAAGAGUGUACGGCUCCUUUCUGGCUCCCGAGAGAAGGAUCGUAACCUGCGCCGGAUCACCAGGCUUGUUCUGGUGGUGGUGGCAGUCUUUAUCAUCUGCUGGACCCCUAUCCACAUUUUCAUCCUUGUGGAGGCACUGGGCAGCACCUCCCACAGUACGGCUGCUCUCUCCAGCUACUACUUCUGCAUUGCAUUGGGCUACACCAACAGCAGCCUCAAUCCCAUCCUCUAUGCCUUUCUUGAUGAAAACUUCAAGCGGUGCUUCAGAGACUUCUGCUUCCCCAUUAAGAUGAGGAUGGAACGACAGAGCACCAGCAGAGUCAGAAACACCAUCCAGGAUCCUGCUUACAUGAGGGAUGUUGAUGGGAUGAACAAACCAGUAUGACUAGUCGUGGAGAUGUCUUCUUACCUUUCUUCUGGCAGAGAAGAGUUCAAUGAUUUGGGUGUCACCCAGAUAACUACAGCAGUCUGAGAUGGAGAGGAAGAAUUUUUUAACAAACUUUUAGAAACCUCAAGGUCUAAGUUGUAAGCUGCAGGCUGCAUUAAGAACCCAGGUCAUUGCGGGCAUCAAGCAGUAGAGAGGAAGUUCAAAAGUCUGGGAAGCAAAUGCGCUCUUCUCUAGGGCAGGGAAGCAAGACCGACUCCAAGUUUCUUUGGUGAACCAUGAAAUGGGUCUUUACAUUCUGGGUACCUAGAUUUAGUUCAGCACUCAUCUGCUGUGGCCUUCCUAUGCAAUGUAGUUACAAAGCUCUGUUUAAGAAGAAAGGAAGAGAAAAAAAGUAAAGUGUUGUUUCAGAACUUAGUGAACAUCCAAUCCAGAUAUCUGAUAUUGACAGCAACAAUCUAAAAAAAAAAAAGAAAUAAAAAGAACCUCUUCUA